AUGUGUAUGAAGGCUCACUGCGCCACCUGCAACAAGGCCACCUGGUGGGGAUGCGGCAACCACAUCCCAUCCGUUAUGGACUCGAUCCCAGAGAGCGAGCGCUGCGCCUGCACUCCUCAGGUGGAGAGGGACGGAAAGAAGUACCCUCCUAAGGCUGCGAAGGCUAAUUGA